UGGAUGGAAGAUGGUUUUAACUUAAUCCAAUUGUCCAAUUGAUGGUCAUCUUCUACCAACAGUGAAAAAUCAUGACUUGCGCGCUUAACUAUGGGGAUGAAUUCCAAACAUAAGAAUUGAGCUUACUGCUCCUGAGUACAAGGUCCUGAAGCCAUCUGAUAUUAUCCUCAGUUUUGAUGGAGUUGAUAUUGCUGAUGAUGGGACAAUUCCUUUCAGGCAUGGGAAGCGUAUUGGUUUUAGUUACCUUGUUUCCCAAAAAAUAUACCGAUGAAAAUGCAUCAGUUAAAGUUCUUUGGAACUCAAAGACCCUUGCAUUAGACGUACAACUUGCACCUCACAAACGACUCAUUCAGGCAUACAUCAAGAGAAAGCCACCUUCAUAUUUCAUUAUUGGUGGAUUUGUCUUUACAUAUGUAUCGGUUCAUUGUCUUCGUUCUGAGAUGAGAGACAUGCUCAUUUGAAACUUAUAUACCUCUGUGAGGAACGAACCUCUCCAAAGGUAGGUAUGUAAUCCAUAUAGAAGACGUAGUUUUGUAUAUAGAUCAUUGCAAAUAUCUGACAGUGAGCUGAAAUUUCUAAAAGAGCGUGAAGUUGGACCUCUAGUAAUACUAGUACCCAAGGUAUUUGAUAUCAAGAAAUGGGGAGCAAGUUGGUUUACAUCAACCAUGAAUCUAACUCUAGCUGCCUCUAGUUUCAGUGACAUCAAAAUCUACAUGAUCAUUACUCUUUCACAUAUGCACCACUAAACAGAACGUAAUUGUCGUUAUGUUUCUCAAAAGGGGCGCUGCAAUUAAGGUGGCAAAAUAAACAUCAUAAAAUGCUUGCUCAACCUCCUUGUAAAAGGAAAUUUUUGGGUUCGAGCUGUCACAGAAAUGAGUAUCACUUUUUAAUAUACUGGAACCCGAGAAGAACGAGUUUCUGCUGGAGGAACAAGGGAAACACAAAUGUGUGGUACUGGGUGGUUAUGUCUAUAUCUUUGCAGUUGGCUUGUAAUUACUUAAUGGUGUUCUCAUAAAUAGUAUUAUUGGUG